CAUGUUUGAUUGCAUCACAAGUGUGUGCCCAGUUCCAUUAAUGGAGCUGCCACAUAGAUGGCGCUGCGUUUACUUUGGGCAGCAUCCGGUGAAAAUGCAGUGGUCUUCAGCGACGAGGAGUUCCAAGCUUUGGUGCAAGAACGGGGCAACACCAUCAAAGCACUGAAGCUGGAACUUAUGUCCCGAGGAUUUGGAUCAAGGUUUCGACUGCGGCUCUUGCGCGCGGGAGAACAUCUGGAGCUUAGUGACGAUGUGGUGAUUGUCCCGCCACUGGUGCUGAAGAUGGUCAGGCUGGCAUUCCUACCAGCAGACGAAGAACGAGAUGAGGAAUUUCUUGAGGCUUGUGCGGAAGGACACCUAGAAGAAGUUGAAAGGAGGCUGCAUCAGCCUCAGGACCCCAACACUGCAGACGCUGCAGCAUUGGAGAAAUAUGCAGCUUUGCAUGUGGCAGCAAGCAAUGGCCACUUGGACGUGGUGCGCAUAUUGUUGGAAGCUGGGGCCUCUUGUGAUUCAGAUGAAGGUAUACGUAUAACUCCUCUGCACUGGGCUGCGGAGAUGGGCCACUUGGAAGUGGUGAGCUUGUUGCUGCAGGCUGGGGCCUCUUCCAACGCUGCAGAUGCACACGGCCGCACAGCUUUGUGCUGGGCAGCUGACAAUGGCCACUUGGAAGUGGUUCGCACAUUGCUGGAGGCAGGGGCCUCUUGUGAUCAAGCCACGACAGAUAACAGUGAGUUUCCCUUGCUUAGUGCUGCUGCUGCUGGGUAUCUGGAGAUUGUCCGCUUGUGGCUCCGAGGCCACCAGGCAGUGGUGCGCUUACUGCUGGCGGCUAGAGGUGAUGGUGCCGAUGAGACCCGUGAAACUCCGUUUCAUUUGGCUGCUUUGAACGGUCACAUGGAACUGGUGCACUUGUUGCUGGAGGCUGGGACCUCUUGCAAUCAAGCCACUUCCCAGGGAACAACUGCUUUGCAUUGUGCGGCACAGAAUGGUCACCUGGAAGUGGUCCACGUGUUGCUGAAAGCUGGAGCGGCGUAUGAUCAUGCCACUGUUGGUGGCUGGACUGCGUUGCACUUCGCUGCUUGGGACGGUCACCUGGAAGUCGUCCGUUUGUUGGUGGAGAUUGGCUCUGCCUGUGACGCCACAACUCAUGAGGGAGAAACUCCUGCGGAGCUUGCAGCUAAGGAGGGGUUUCAGGAUGUGGUCCUUUUCCUGCAGAAUGCAGCCAAGAUGCUGAGGAGAGAACAUGUGGCUGACUGACUUGUGCUCAGACGAGGUGCUUGAAACAGCUCACAGAUCCGGGAGAGAACUAACUGUCUUUUUCUUGGUUGUGUAGAAACCAGAGACAGGAUCCCCAGUCCCGUCAAUGCAAGAAUGCAUUGCAUUCCAGCUUAGAUGUUUGAUGGAACACUUCACAAGGUCUUGUACAGCUAGAGAUAGCUUGGCGAUGGCUGGGAGA